GCCUUUUGUUGUGCUUGUAUUCUUCUUGGUAUUGUGAGCUUUUUAGGAUAUGGUGGUGGGAGAGCUAGGUGAAGUGAAGAAAGAAAGGGAAGAAGCAAUAGAUAAACCUGAAAGCCAACAAAUUACCCUUGUGGAAGAAUUUGUAGGGAUCAGUUAAGAAACAGAAAUCUCAUCCCAAACAUUCCCAGAUCUCAAGACUCCCAGAAUUUCAGGCUUACUUUCUCAAGAAAAAUUCCCUUUUUUUCUUUCUUGCUGGUUUUAACUUUUAAAGCUCCAUCUGGCCCCCAUUUAGCUUAGAAUUUGUGCACUUAUGCAAAAAUAGAAACUUCCAUCAUCUGGUUAUGAUAGCUGGUUUUGAGGUCUUUUUGAAUUCUUGAAAGAGACAGGCAUUUGAGGUUCUUUAGUGGACAAUUGAACCAAAAAGUGGCACUUUUAUGAUAUAUUAAGAGUUGGGUUGUGGCCUGAGAGCCAUAAUGUUAUAAAGUUGCCUGCUUGGAUAAGGAAAAUUUGGGCUCUCUGGAUUUUGUUUGAAAAUGGUGCUAUUGCUUGCUGUGAGCAUUCUUUUAAGAAAAAAGUUAUGUUUUUGUUGAGAGGGUAAAGUUUUUCUCCCAGAAAGAUAUAAAGAGAGAUUAUGGCAAGAAAGAGGUGUAUACUGUAUGAAGUUCUGGGCUUUGUGUUCUGGAUAUUUAUAGAGAGUUCUUUGGCUACUCUUUCCCCUUCUGGUGUAAACUAUGAAGUGGUUGCUUUGAUGGCUAUAAAGACCUCUUUACAUGAUCCUUACAAUGUUCUGGAGAACUGGGAUGUUAAUUCUGUUGACCCCUGCAGUUGGAGAAUGGUCACCUGUUCCCCCGAUGGCUAUGUUUCUGCUUUGGGAUUACCAAGUCAGAGUUUAUCUGGCACGUUGUCACCGGGAAUUGGCAACUUAACUAACUUGCAAUCUGUGCUGCUGCAAAACAAUGCUAUUUCUGGUCCUAUUCCCGUCAGUAUUGGAAAGUUAGGAAAACUUCACACGCUCGAUCUCUCCAACAACAAAUUCAGUGGGUAUAUGCCCAGCUCUCUCGGGGACCUGAUCAAUUUGAACUAUUUGAGAUUAAACAACAAUAGUCUUACAGGACAAGUCCCUGAAUCUCUAUCUAAUGUUGACAGCCUUGCACUUGUGGAUGUUUCUUUUAAUAACCUCAGUGGUAGCCUUCCAAAAUUAUCAGCUAGAGCUUUCAAAGUUGUUGGCAAUCCUUUAAUUUGCGGGCAGAGUUCGGGGGAUAAUUGCUCUCUUGUCUAUCCAGAACCGCUGUCCUUUCCACCAGAUAACGAUAAAGAUCAAUCGCAUGCUGGAGCAAGCCAUCGUGUGGCAAUUGCUUUUGGUGUGAGCUUUGGCACUGCUUUCUUAAUCGUCAUAGUCGUCAUGUUGCUUAUUGGAUGGCGCUAUCAACAUAACAAACAGAUCUUUUUUGACGUCAAUGAGCAACGUGAUGCAGAGUUUUGCCUGGGAAACUUGAGAAGGUAUACGUUCAAGGAAUUGCGGGCUGCAACAGACCAUUUCAACCCGAAGAAUAUUUUAGGGAAGGGAGGAUUCGGUAUAGUCUACAAGGGGUGUUUAAAUGAUGGAACGACUGUGGCUGUGAAAAGGUUGAAGGACUAUAAUGUUGCGGGUGGUGAAAUUCAAUUCCAGACAGAAGUAGAGACGAUUAGUUUGGCUGUCCAUCGCAAUCUUCUCCGCCUUUGGGGAUUCUGUUCAACUGAAAACGAAAGGCUUCUUGUCUAUCCCUUCAUGCCAAACGGCAGUGUGGCAUCAAGAUUAAAAGAUUAUGUGCACGGUAAGCCUAUAUUGGACUGGUUAAGAAGGAAGAGGAUAGCUUUAGGUACAGCGCGGGGUUUGGUGUAUUUGCACGAGCAGUGUGACCCGAAAAUCAUCCACCGUGAUGUCAAAGCAGCCAACAUUCUACUGGAUGAAUACUUUGAGGCAGUUGUUGGAGAUUUCGGGUUGGCAAAGCUCUUGGAUCACCACGAGUCUCACGUGUCUACUGCUGUCCGUGGCACUGUUGGCCACAUCGCCCCAGAAUACUUAUCGACAGGCCAAUCUUCUGAAAAGACUGAUGUGUUUGGGUUCGGAAUCUUGCUUCUCGAGUUAGUUACUGGCCAGAAAGCUGUUGAUUUCGGGAAAGGGACAAACCAGAAAGUAGUAAUGCUCGACUUGGUAAAAAGGCUGCAUCAAGAAGGAAAGUUGAGCUUAAUGGUGGACAAAGACCUGAGAACCAAUUUUGACAGGAUUGAAUUAGAAGAAAUGGUUCAGGUUGCCCUUCUAUGCACUCAGUUUAACCCUUCUCAUCGCCCGAAAAUGUCUGAAGUGUUAAGGAUGUUGGAAGGUGAUGGCUUAGCCGAAAAAUGGGAGGCUUCACAGCGAGCUGAAACUCCAAGGCAUCGUGCUCAUGGAAAUUCGCUGCCACAAAGAUACUACGACUUGAUAGAAGAAUCGUCUCUAGUCGUCGAAGCAAUGGAACUUUCUGGACCGAGAUAACAGCCUGCACUCCAUUCUUGAAGCCACAAAUAUUCUUGUCUUGUUGAUAGGUAUAAGGUAUUGAAAGAGAGCAUUUUGAAAUAUGCAGCAUCUGUAUAUAACAAUAUCAGAAAUUUCAUCUGUACAGGCUACAAAGCAUUACAAUCUCUUAAACAAGUCCGAAGAAUCAUUUGCAGACAUUUUCGAUACAAAAAUGUAAACGCUUUUCAUGUAAUAAAGCAUUUGCUGUCAA